CCUCCGUUCGCCAACCAAGCAUUCGCUUCUCACACUAUCUUAUAACCCCAUCACCAGGGUGUCGGGCAAUUCACCCAUCCACGUCCGUCAAUCACCCGGCCCAGACGCCCGCAUUAGCCACAUCCCAUAACGGCUCACUUCCAGAUUGGGCCUCCGCGUCGCCUCAAUCGCGUUGUUGACUAUAGUAGCUGCCGCUAUACAGCCCGCCAUCAUUUUAUUUCCCUCCUCGAACGCGUUCUGUCUCGCGUGCAUUAAGCUUUGCCACUGCCACAGCAACGUCGUCAACCAUUCCAUCUUUUCAUUCGUAGUCCCACUCACACGACCUUUGCUGCACCCUCACCCAAACCAUCGAAACCCCUCCACGACUAAUAUUUCACAAGCCGGUCCUUCAUCAAGGCAUUGAAGUGCCCCGCUCCUCUCUUCUCCACUGGACCGAUCCAAUUGCUCUUGCUGGCAACAGCAUGUUUCAGUCUCGCAAAUUCUACGUUUCUCUCGUUGGCGUUCUUGCAUGGUCAAGCACAGCUGCCGAUACAGUCCUGUCCAUCCUGGAGGCUGCCUCCUUCUCCGCCACCCACGUGUCCCUUGUACACGUCGCCGCCGCGGCCAGUACUUUUGACGUCGUGUCACUCUGCUGUAUUGCCUUCUACACAGUUCAAGAUGUACAAAGAGGUGGAUUCCUAGAGCGCUUAGCACAAGCAAAGAUAGUCCUGAAGAGCAUCAGCAUACUAUUAUCCGUAAUAGCCUUAGUUGUCUCCCUUGUUCUGAUCAUUCUGAUCAAGUCGAGAUGGAGCGUAGUCACCGCUGCUUCCCCGAAGGCGCUGAUCUCAAAUUGGAAUGGCCUUGUGUCUGGCCAAAUAGUCAUGUGGUCUAUUUCCUGUACAAGCCAGAUCAUACUGUACUCGUCGCCUCUCUGGUAUCGAAAGGCGCCCAAGGUCCUAGAAGUUGCUGUUUCCGGCCCUAGAGAUUCAGUCAUGUCGGAGACGCGAAGUUCUCCCCCAAGGAACUUAUACCUGGCAAACUCGACCCAAGUCACAUCACCGCCAGUAGCAGCAGCACUUCCCUCUCCCACCUUCUCCUCUCGGUCAUCGCAAUCUCUUCGAUCAUUCCGAGAAUCACUUCAACACGCUGUUCGCCCCGUCACGUCGCGCACGACCUUGAUCAGCCGACCUUCUUUCAACCGGGAUGCUCGCAGUCUUCACUCCGACUCCCACUCCGUAGACAAUGUCUCCCAUUCUGACGGCUUCGACAGCUGGGACACGAGAGACGCCCUGGUGCAAACAGCACCCUCCAAAGGCACGACCUUGGAUCCCAUUCCCGGCAGUCGCCCAAACUCGCCUGCCCGUGCCCUGGACGGCCCCUUCCUUUCCGAACUCCCAGAAGAAGAUGACGAGGAACUACCUCGUCCACCCAGAAUGAUGCCCGAUAUGUCACGACCACCAAGUCCCACAGUCAGCGAGGCACAUAUCCACCCUCUUUUCAGGACGGAAAGUCCUACACCACCUCCUGCAGCCACACCUGGCACUAGCAUCAUCGCUAGCCCGCUGGCGAACCAGGCUAUAGCAUGCCCGGCACGCCCUUUUAGUCGAAUGAGAUCAAGCAGUAGCGCGGCGAGUCCGGGCCCUCUGGUUACCGCGCGGAGUUUCACUCGCGACCGGGCGGCGAGCGCGAAGUCGCUAUCACGAAGCCCUACGCCUCCUAGCCGGGAAAUGACCCCUCCCAUUCCCGACUUUGUUCUCAAUUCUUCCCCGCGAAGUAGUAUGAGCGGCUCGCGAAGAGUCAAUCUCCAAUACUCCCCUGAUCGAUGAUAUAUUAUUUCUUUUGUUGGGUUUGAGGCGUCCUGUGCAUACGGUUGGGUGGUUCCUCAUUAGCCUACAUAAAAUGGUCUGGACCUAAUGUCUUGCGCACUUGAUGCGAUACGAUUUCCUUGUCAUUAAAACAGGGUCGCUAUUAUUUUGUAUUAGAUUUUUCCUUCGUCACCAAGCUCUCGCCUACCCAGGUUUGAUCGAGCAUUCGAGCGUUCUGGUUCAGCGUUCGUGGACGAAGCGUAGCUUCGGGUUAUAAUGAUUAUUCAAAAGGUAUUCGUCUUAGCAAUAUUAUCUUUUGCUCAACGU